GAGGCGCGAGGGAGGGAGAGAGGGGGACAGCGAAGACUGCGAGAGGUGUAGUAGGGGGUGGGUGGGGAUGGAGAGCGAGACGGCGGCGGCGCCCGCAGCGGCGAUGGGCGGCGGCGUCGCGGCCGAGCCGCUCGCGGCUGUGGCGGAGGAGGGGGAAGGGGAGGCCGAGUCGAUGGGGUCCACCCUCACCAUGGAGCGCGUCGCCGCCGCGAAGAAGUUCAUCGAGAACCACUACCGCGCGCAGACGAAGAACAUCCAGGAUCGCAAGGAGAGGCGCUUUAAAUUGGAGAGACAGCUAGCUUCUUCUCAAGUUCCCAAGGAGCAGCAAAUCAAUUUAAUAAAAGAUCUGGAGAGAAAGGAAACUGAAUACAUGCGACUUAAAAGGCACAAAAUUUGUGUGGAUGACUUCGAGCUGCUCACCAUUAUUGGGAGAGGCGCUUUUGGAGAGGUUCAACUGUGUCGAGAGAAGACGUCUGGCAACAUUUAUGCAAUGAAAAAACUAAAGAAGUCUGAUAUGGUUGUCAGGGGCCAAGUGGAGCAUGUUAGAGCUGAAAGAAACUUGCUGGCUGAAGUUGCUAGUCACUGCAUUGUGAAGCUUUACUAUUCUUUCCAAGACGCGGAGUACCUUUACCUUAUUAUGGAGUACCUCCCUGGUGGUGAUAUCAUGACCCUUCUCAUGAGAGAGGAUACCUUAACAGAACAUGUGGCUCGAUUCUACAUUGCUGAGACAAUCCUUGCUAUUGAAUCCAUUCAUAAACAUAACUACAUCCACAGAGAUAUUAAGCCUGAUAACCUGCUUCUAGACAAGAAUGGUCACAUGAAGCUGUCAGAUUUUGGGCUGUGCAAGCCAAUCGAUUGUUCAAAGCUCUCAACCUUGAAUGAAGAUGAACCGAUGGGUGAUGACAACCUGAGGGAAUCAAUGGAUGUUGAUAGUUCUUUGUUUAAUACAGCGAAUGGCAGAAGAUGGAGAAGUCAACAUGAACAGCUUCAGCACUGGCAGAUGAACAGGAGAAAAUUGGCAUUCUCAACUGUUGGGACGCCAGACUACAUUGCUCCAGAGGUUCUGCUAAAGAAGGGAUAUGGAAUGGAAUGCGAUUGGUGGUCCCUAGGUGCAAUCAUGUAUGAGAUGCUUGUUGGGUAUCCACCGUUUUAUGCUGAUGAUCCAAUAACCACAUGCCGAAAGAUUGUGCACUGGAGAAACCAUUUGAAAUUUCCUGAGGAUGCAAGGUUGUCUAAUGAAGCAAGGGAUCUCAUUUGCCGGUUACUAUGUGAUGUUGACCACAGGAUUGGCUGUGCAGGAGCAGAUCAAAUAAAGGCCCAUCCUUGGUUCCAAGGAGUUGCAUGGGAUAAACUCUAUGAAAUGGAAGCAGCAUUUAAGCCUCAAGUAAAUGAUGAACUGGAUACACAGAAUUUCAUGAAGUUUGAGGAAUUGGAAAAUGCUUCAGCCAGAACCGGUUCUGGGCCCUCAAGAAAGACAAUGCUGAAUUCCAAAGAUCUCAGCUUUGUGGGGUAUACAUACAAAAACUUUGAUGCUGUGAAAGGAGUAAAACGUUCAGAUCUGCAAAGGAAUUCAUCUUUAACAAGGCCCUCCAUUGGCUCUAUAUUCGGUCCAGCAGACAUGGAUUCGCCUAUAGAAACAAACAUAAGGGACACACAUAUGCACACGGUUUCUUCUGGUGAUCCAAUGAUUCCCUAACCUGCGGCACUGCAUGAUUUUCGACCUAAAGCAGCAUGCAAAUGCUUAAAUGAUGUGGCUUUAUUUGUACAACAUUCUCGUUUUUAGUCUGGUUUAUGCUCUGUUAAUCGUCUAUGAGCAUUUUUGUAGAAAUCCAACAAAGCUUAUAGUUUUAAAUUAACAUGAAAAGGACUUCAACAAGAAGCUCAUGGACAUGGGGGCAAGUUUUGAAGAAAUUGCACCUGACGGCUGGUUGCCUAAGUUGGCAGAGCAAAUUGUGUCCUUCCCUUGUGAUAGUUCUUAAUUCAUUAAUGUUUUAUUAUGGAAAGAAAAUAAGAUGGUGUUCUUAUGGCAGGAAUUUCCAUGUCUGAGCUCUUGUUACUGGUGGUGUUUGAUAUAUAUCAGGAUUUCUUAUUUUUGAAGUAAAAAUUCUCAUAGCAGAGCUGUUAUAACUAUGUACUAAGAAUUUUUCUUUUCCCA